GCGCAGGUCGUGAGCGGAGCGCUGCUGCGAUGCACGGCGAGGCCCGCACACACGCGCGUGCGUGCGAAGUGACGACCCCCGGCACGCACCCGCGACGCUGCUCGUCGUAGUCCCACGACCGCCGCCAGACGACCUGAACAAACAAUCAAACCUCGUGUGAUAUAAAAAAAAAACAAAGAAAAAAUAUAUAUAUUUGUAAUAUACGUUGGAACGCCAGUGUGUUGUGCCUCUCGGGGGAACUAACUGUGUGGAUGGGGUGCGCCCCGGUGACUUCUUGAAGGAGGUUCGCCGACUGGUUCGGGGCCCCUCCCCCUCCCCCCUUCAAGCCAUGGCCGCGGCACUCGAGGUGACGCAGCACGACAUGCUGCCUGUGCGGGAGCCUUCGCCCCUGUCCAAAGACUCGAAGACGUCGACGCUGGAGCGGGACGCAGGCUUCUGCUCGGGCGGCGACGACGAGGACCUGGAGGCGGAGGACGACCCUCACGCGCACACCGACACCAGCGACGACAGCGUCGAGGCCAAGGCGCCCGCCUCCUGCGCCUCGGCCAAGAACAAGCGCAAGUCCGCGGAGCCGCGCCGGUUGCCCGGGGAGACCUCGCCGCACAAGAAGCGCAGGAGGCACCUGGACGCGCGGGUGCCCGUGCCGCCGCUGUCCGACUACUCCACCGCCUCCGACACGCCGCCGUCCAACCCGCGCGCCGCCAGCCUCAGCCCCUUCCGGCCGUGGAGCAACCCGGUGCCGCCGCCCUCGCCGCCCCCGCCGCCGCCGCCCUACACGGACCGCGUCCCCGCCUUCCCGCAGCAAGACGAGCCGCUGUCGCUGGUGCUGCGGCCGGCGGCGGCGAGGGAGUGCCCUUCGAGGAGGCCGCGGCGGCGGUUCCCCGACGACCUGGGGGACCGCAUCCGCCUGGAGCCCGCGCCGCCGCCGGCCGUCUUCCCGGCGCGGCCGCAGCCGGCCUUCGCGCACGCGCGGCCGAGGCCCGGCCCGGCGGAGACCUGCACCAGCGCCUCGCUGGCGGCGGCGGCGGCGGCGGGGGGCGGCGACUCGCGGCCCAAGUUCAGCGUGGAGUCGCUGCUGGAGGAGCCGUCCACCUCCUCCUGCUCCUCCUCGCAGCAGCAGCAGCAGCAGCAGCGCAACUACAAGAACAUGACGCGCGAGCGCCGCAUCGAGGCGAACGCGCGCGAGCGCACGCGCGUGCACACCAUCAGCGCGGCCUUCGACACGCUGCGGCGCGCCGUGCCCGCCUACUCGCACAACCAGAAGCUGUCCAAGCUGUCGGUGCUGCGCAUCGCGUGCUCCUACAUCCUGACCCUGUCGCGGGUGGCCGGGGCCGACUACAGCGGCGACGGCAGCGCGCCGUCGGUCGCGAGCUGCGUGGAGCAGGUGUCGCGCACCAUCCAGACGGAGGGCAAGCUGAGGCGCAAGAAGGACGACUGAGCGGCUUUCGCGGGUUCAUUCCCCUCCCUCACUACAAGUGCUCAUUGGUAGGGGCAUGCUCGUCUCGCGAAAAGAUCUGAACACUUGUUACUAGAGACCCGUGAAUUUCGCGGAUUCAAUGACCCCCCAGGAUAGACUCCAAUAUCCUCUACACACUCGGGCAAAUGCCAACUGUUCAUUGGCUGUUGACUUGUGAGUCGUCUCGACUGGGUGGCCUGUGAUUCGACACUUCUAUGAGUGAGGGUCUCUAAUUGGCCCUCAGUCCUCCAGAUUAACAGAGAAACAAUGACAGAAGCAGCACUAAGGUAUAAUUAUUUGAAUUUUAGCAUAACACGAAAUGAAUCCGCGAAAUUCACGGGUCUCUACUUAUUACUAGAGACCCGGAAAUUUGGCGCAUUCUUCUGACCUCAGGAUAGAAUUCAAAGUUAUAAGGUGCGCUCGACCCAUGUUUACUUUCCCACUGGUUGAUUUCUUAGCGAGAACAUUUUUAUCCUUGUUAUUUGGCACUACCUGAUUCGCUUACUUCUCUCCUAGCUGGACAUCGUUGGCUCACGGUCGUAGAGGGGCGUGUCCAAAUAACUGCGGGCCAAUCAUGAACACAGUGCGACAGUGUGGAGGUUUGCAUUCUAGCUUGCGACUAAAUGAAUCCGCGAAAUUUCCGGGUCUCUACUUAUUACCCUGUAAUAAGGUGGUUCCUUCCUUCCUUGUGAUUGGCUGCCGUCUGCGAGAGAAGUCGUUGCCUUGUUUGACCGAGCCGCUCAGGACGCACUGUGUUACUGUGAUUGGUGUUGUAACAAUCGUCAUGUACCUAAAAUAAAAUCACCCAAUCACGAAACACAGAUGAUGACCACAGUGUUUCAACUUUCAGCUAGUCUCGGAAUCUUUUCGCGAGAACGUGGCCCUACUAAUCAUCAACGUCAAGCAGAUGUAUAUGUUAUUAAAGUCUACUUUGCUACCCGAUGAAUCCGCGAAAUAAUCAUGGAUCUAGCUAUUGCGGACAGCAUUUGGAGCGUCGUAGAGGGUUAUAAAAUCUCGAAUCACUUCCUGCGUUCUAAGGUUCAAUGCUGUUAAGUGUUCGACAUGUCUUUAAAAGUGCAUUUAAAUAUGUUCUGUGUCAAAUUAGUACUUUACACUUCUUCUUUAUAUUUAAACUAAGAUGUGUUUGUUGGUGUACCGUUGAACAAAACAAACGCACAUGAAUUUGUGUGUGUCAGCUUAAGUCAAAAGUUAUGUUGGCAAAUUUCAAGCCAAUGAUGAGCUAAUGCGCAUAAGACAAGAAUCGGUCUACACCAGAUAUCGUUUAUGACAUGCCUAACUUCGUCCCGGUAGCUCUGUGUUUCCCCCCACCAUCAUGUAUCCUAUCGCCAGCGGUCUCUCUCUCUAAGCCGAGUGUCUAGUCUUGUAUACUUCGUCAAAAAUAUGUUGAAAUUUUUUUUUUUGACUGGUGCUUCAGGAAAUUUUCACUCUCUGUUAACAAAAUUGUUCCUUACGUGCCAUGGUGCUAAAAUAUUUAGCUGUUGGUACUAAAUUUAUUCGUAGCACAAGUAGGCCUAUGACAAUUAUCUAGUUGUGGUACUCCUAUAAACAUAUCUACAGUUGAUAGUACUUGUAGACACAAAUGCAAGACCUUUUUUUUGGUCGUAAUUUUUUUUUUACAAACUACAGUUCUACAUCAAAAUGGAUUGAGUACUAAAAUUUUUAAUUGAUGAUUUUACAUUUUUUUGUGAAGCUGUUUCCUGUUUUGGUUAUUAUUGCUAGAGACCGGAAAAAAUCGCGGAUUCAUUUCGCGAUAGGCUAAAAUUCAAAUAAGUGUACCUUUUAGCUGCUUUUGCUAUAGGCUCACUGUUAUUCUGGACGAAUCUAGGCCAAUGAGAAACCUUCAACGAAAGAAGUAUCGAAUGAUAGGCAAGCUAGUUGAGACAAGUCAGCAGCCAAUGAACUGGCGUUAAUUUGUCCGAGAAUACAGAGGACUGUGUAGUCUACCAUGAAGUUCAUCGAAACAGCUGAUUUAAUUCCAAAGGUUUUGGAUUUUGAAAAACACACAUGACUAAGAGACUAAAAUUUUUUUUUACGGUUUCGAUUAUCUUCAAGGUAGACUACACAGUCCUCUUACACCCGGGCAAAUAACGCCAGUUCAUUUGCUGCUGAGUUGUUGUGUCUUCUCAACUGUUUGCCUGUUAUGUGAUACUUCUUUGACGUACAGUCGUCCAGUUAACAGUGAGCCAAUAGCAAAAUCAUCUAAGAGAAUUUUUUCCGGUCUCUACCUAUGACAAGUUCAUAAUGAAAUAGUUACCAGCGAGAGACGGUUUGCCGAAGGGAGGGGACAGCCACGCGGAUGAGCAGUGUCGCCAACAUUGCGUGUGUUUGUGAGCAGUUCCGUCAUAAUACGUUGUACCAUGCACGAAGUCUUUGUGAAUGCACAGCUGUGUGUGCUGAAGAGAGUUACGACCAACAACUUAGAGCAACUUCGUUAGUCGUAAAAUUCACUGAAAUGUAGUAUUUUUUUAAAUUAAAAUUUACAAGAUAAAACCCUAAAAAAACACACCUUGGUUGGCAAAUAUUCUUGAAAUUUGAGCAAGAUAUGCUUAAUACUAAAAAUAUGUACCUAUGGACGUCAUUAUGGACCUCACUGAAUUCCAUGUGACAGAUGGUUCAUUGUUACAGAUGGUUCUCAUUCACGCAGACUUCGUGCAUCAACUCAUCGAUAGUCCCUAUACAAUAAUGUUCUCGUCCAUCGAAGUGUACAAGUAUACAAGAAAAUGCCGAACUUAAAUAACGCUAUUAACAACUAACAAAACAUGUUUAGAUAGGUAUCUUUCGUUGUAGAUUUUACGAAUAGUUACAUAAAAAAAGACUGAGAGGUUUAUAUGUACAAAGCAAAUUCUUCAGUCACUUUCUUUCUUCUUAUACAUCAAGAAUAUAAACGUGUAUUAAAAAUUAAUUACAGCUAGCUUUUAGUCAAUGCCUAAUUGGUAAAAGAGCUGAGCUUGAAGCAACCUUUCAAGUACAAAUAAUAAUAACAAUAAUAUUGGCAGAUUUUUCAAGUUAAUGAGCUAGAUGCUGCCAAAUGCUAUUGCUAGACAUGUAGAUAAUGUAAAAUUACAUUUAUAUAAUACAUAAAUAUGGUUAUGUAUAUUUUGAAGUUCUUUGGCUGUAAGAACAGCUUUUCAAGACAAUUUAAGUAGUCUUAAAAAGACCCAAAAUUUUAUAAUUAUUUUUAUGUGAUGAGCUACCUAGAUAAUAACCUUUUGUAUACUAUUUACAUUUGUUAGGCAUUUUAAGACAGUUACUUUAAUGCAUUAACAGA